GAGCUUUUAGUCGCACGAUCUCGUCCGGAGCGUCGGGACGCUCCACGUCGUGGCUCUGAAAGCUUCGAUCGAUCGAAUGGAUCGAUCGCGCCGCGUCUAUUCCCUGGUCACUCGAUCUUUCGAGAAAUCGAACGAUCAAUUUCUCGUUGAUACAUGAUCGUUGAUCGAUCGUUCGGUGUUUGAUCGGUUCGUGGUAGAAAGGAUCGAAGGCUCGUUCGACAGUGAAAGUUUCGAUCGUCCGGGGUCAUGGUUGUCGCGAGUUCGGUGCAGGUGAACCGCGUGAGUGACAUUCGCGCGUUUCGUGGAUCGUCAGCUACAGCUGGUCACUGUUGGUACCAGUGAGAAAGGAACAAACUGUCAGGGUGAAACGUGAACAGUUUCCUAGCGAUUCCUGGUCAAAGCUCGUGAAAUUCAGUGCCUAUGAAACCGUGAAUAACAAUCUAGUGCGUGACGAUGUCGUCGAGUGGUGAAUUUUCGACAUUGUCCAGUGGUGAAGCAACCGGAACUGGUGAUGAUUCGUUGCCCAGUUCGCGGGAAGCGACCGCGGAAGCCGCGAAUUCCGGGGGUGGAUUCAUGCCCCUCCGCGAGUUUUUGGACAGAUUUUCGUUACCCAGGGUGGUUAGGGUAGAAGGUGCCGGUGGAAGACCGAUAUUAUUGUACAAACAACAACAAAGAUCGUUGAGAGUUACGGCUACCUUGUUGAUGCACCGUUAUCGGCACGACGUCAAAGUUGGACCCGAAAUCGUGAUACCCGAAGGAUAUCCUGGUUGGUUCUCCGUUGUUUCGAACAACAGUGGUACCGGAAGCGCCAGGGUGUACAGGAGAGUGGGAGCUUUGGUCCGGGCCGGUGUUCCGGCGUUUCUGCUCGCGAAACCCCUUCGAGCUUACACGCUGACGCACUCGAAGAUGGAAAACGGUAAUUUGAGAGCUCAUUACACGAAGACAACGGUGCGCGCAGGGGAAGUACUCCGGCUGGCCGCAGUUUUUCAGGACACCCGAAGGGCGCCGGUCUCCAGCGGCAUUUCCGGUGUCGUUAGCGGCGUCCCGGAAGGGAAGAGUUCAAGGUCAUCGGAACGAGAUCAGUACGCUCAAUGCUUAGAUUCCCACGGGCACGAACUGUUCGCGCCACUUUCGGCGAGAGGAGAAUUCUAUGCUACCUGUCAAAGCGGAAGCCUCGAUACCGGAAGCGACGCUGUAUUGUACAGAGUCCAUCAGCUCGCGAGAAGGGACCUCCCACUUAGGGUGAGAUUAGUAGCCGGCCCUUUGCCGAUACCGUUGCCACGAGAUUACAGCGGACUAAUGCAACUGGAGGGUGCAACCAGGGGUCCCAUAGUCUUAGGAUGCGCGGUACCUUUAUUGCCCGAGAGACCUUUACCAAAUUCUACCGUUCCUGAACUUCUGGAGUUAGUUGCCACGGGACCAACAGCCCCCCGAGUGAAAAGGGCACGACUAGGCUGCCCUUCCGAAGCACGGUUACUGGCGUCGCCCAAAAUGCAGCGGUUACUUUCAGCUUGCAGGAGAGCCCUGGACCAAAGGGCAACCGAACCACGCGUGGCGCCACCGAAACCAACCUCCACCACUGGCCAGUUAAAGGAACUUCAUUUAAAGGAAAUCAAGUCGAAACCGGACGCGAAACCGAUCCUCCAAAGCUUGAAAGAGGGCUUGGAACACAUCAAAAGAACCACCAUCAGGGAUCGGAGUAACAGUCGUGCGAGUAGCAACAACCACAGCUUCCUCGACCGGAUAUCGAGGAUAGCUCAAGGUGGCAGGAGCAGGAAUCCGGCGAAGAAGUCAGCCUCCUUCACGUUUGCCGUCCGCCCGGAAAUCGGCAUGAGGACGGAAAGAUACGCGAGUUUAGAAUCGGAAACGAAUUUACUGCAGGGCUCUCCUUCCUCGAGGCAACAAGUUCAACGAUCGGUUUCCACCAGUGUACUGGAGGUUCAGACUCAACAGGACUUAGAUCCUCCGUAUUCCAAGGUUAGAGACAGCCUAACUCCGUUACCAUCCAUUCCGCCGUCGAAAACGGAGGAAAUUUACGCUGAAAUCUGUGAACCGACGAACGUUGGCCCUCCCGAAGAGAAACCUCCGCCCGGUGGAAAGGACGGUAUCGUGGACAAAGACAAGGGUUACGUGAAAUUAGCUUUGUCGCAGUCCGAGCUUUCCGACGCGAACACCUUCGACGAUGAGGAAGGAAUUUAUAACACGGUUUGUUGAUCGUCGUUUCGUUUUAAGAAUAAAAAUUGUGCCGAAUGAUGGAUUAAUUUGUACAGAAAGAUGGUCAUCAACGUCCUCGUUAACGCGACGAAGGUUAACAUCGAAAACGGUCGAGGGAAAUUCAUUGAUAGAGAUAACGCGCGACUUCCUGGCUAGACCUGGAAGAACCGUUCCCGUAGAAACGGCGCUGCGCGGCACCGACGGGAUUUACAACGCCAUUUGCCGAAGAAAUUAUCCUCCCCAUGUCUUUUUCUACCCUUUUCCCGCACGGUGUUCUCCGCGGGGAACCGGGCGAAAGAUUUACAAGGCUGUUGACCGGGGAAAAUGAUCGCGUAAUUACGGUCCCGUGCGUGCACGGCGGAUGUAGCGGGUCUCGACGGGACGCUCGGCGACUUCCGGUACCCGAGGAAUCUGUGCUGCGGACGAUCGAUAUUAUUAGCCUUGUCCAAUGACCCGUAUUCGAUCGCGACAAUAAGAUUCACCUUUCGUCAAUCUAAUUUAAUAAUUAGAAAAAGAUUGAAAAAUUUAAUUUUUUAAAAAUCUACCAUGUAAAUUAUUUCGAUCGUAGACUAAGGGAGGAUUAUAAAAUAUAAUAAAUGAUUUUUGUAAAUUUGUUGCUAACCUGUAGUGCAAUGGCUGAAGGAUACUUCAAGCAUUUUGUACAUUUGUUAAUACUCCGCGUACUGGUUGUGAAAGCCCGCGAGGGGAGGUUUGUAAUUUUCUUACUGUAUAGUUAUUACUUGGAAAUACAAUCAUUUGCAGUUAA